UGAAUCUCGCAGUCUUCGUUUCAAAAAUCUUCCCGCGUCUCGAUUUUUUUCUUUCCGCAUUCCCCAAAAAGACGUCAACUAAACUCUCAUAUUACGCCACAUCGAAUAAAAAAUAUUCUGAUCAUAUUCCCUUAAAAUGUCAUCAAGAAAAGUUUCCCGUGCUCACUACGACGAGGACGAACUCGCGUCGGCUGCAAACAUGAGUCUCGUUGCUGAAGGACAUUUCAGAGGCAUGAAGGAGCUUCUCUCCACCAUGGAUCUUGACACGGAUGCCAACACCAUCCCUGAGUUGAAAGAGAGAGCUCACAUGCUAUGCGCAAGAUUCCUUGGCGGAGCAUGGAAAACUGUUCCAUUGGAGCAUUUGAGAAUCAGUCGCAUCAAGGGUGGAAUGAGCAACAUGUUAUUCUUAUGCCGACUUUCGGAAGUCUAUCCACCAAUUCGUAACGAACCAAACAAGGUUCUGCUUCGUGUCUACUUCAAUCCAGAGACUGAGAGUCAUCUCGUUGCGGAAUCUGUCAUUUUCACUCUGCUCUCUGAGCGUCAUUUGGGUCCCAAGCUUUAUGGAAUUUUCAGUGGUGGACGUCUAGAAGAGUAUAUACCUUCUCGCCCACUCUCUUGCCAUGAAAUUUCAUUAGCACACAUGUCUACAAAAAUUGCAAAGCGCGUUGCGAAGGUUCAUCAAUUGGAAGUACCAAUUUGGAAAGAACCCGAUUAUCUGUGUGAAGCUCUGCAGAGGUGGCUGAAACAACUAACUGGAACUGUCGAUGCGGAACAUCGUUUCGACCUUCCUGAAGAGUGUGGAGUUUCCAGUGUCAAUUGUCUAGACUUAGCAAGGGAGUUGGAGUUUCUGAGAGCUCAUAUCUCACUGAGCAAAAGCCCUGUAACAUUUUGUCACAAUGACUUACAAGAAGGCAAUAUUUUACUUCCAAAAGCUUCUUCCGGUAACAUUCGUAUGCCUUCGCUAUCGGAUGAGACUCAAGCGUUGGGUAACAGCUUAUCAGCAUUCAACCCAGCUGAUCCUCGUCUUGUGCUCAUUGAUUUUGAGUAUGCUAGCUACAACUACAGAGCAUUCGAUUUUGCCAAUCACUUCAUCGAAUGGACUAUUGACUACGACAUUGACGAAGCUCCAUUCUACAAAAUUCAAACCGAGAACUUCCCCGAAAAUGAUCAAAUGCUCGAAUUCUUCUUGAACUAUCUUCGCGAACAAGGCAAUACCAGAGAAAACGAACUCUACAAGAAAUCCGAAGAUCUUGUCCAAGAAACUCUUCCGUUUGUUCCAGUCUCUCAUUUCUUUUGGGGUGUGUGGGGACUGUUGCAAGUCGAACUUUCCCCAGUUGGAUUCGGAUUUGCGGACUACGGGAGAGAUCGUCUGUCGCUGUACUUCAAACAUAAACAACUUCUCAAAAACCUUGCAAGUCAUCAAUAAGAUCUUCUUUUAAUCUCAAUUUUUAAUUAAACACAGCUGCUUUAAUUGAACAUGCUAGUUUUUCUACGCAAUCUCCCACCAUUGUUCCUACAAGUAGUUUGAUGGGUGUAGUUAAAUAAAAAUGUUUAUUGGC